AUGAUGUCUUUACCAUUGGUACAGAUUGAAGACGAUGUAUUCCAAGAGAUUAGGACUGAGACCGAGAAAGAUGUGGUAACCUCCCUUGAUUAUACCGCUAUAGUGACUAUUUACUCUUUGUUUGAUGAGGAUCAUGUGAUGGAUGUUAUCUUUGAUAUAACUCUUACAACCCUUGUGCAAGAAGGAGAGUAA